AUGGAAAAAAGAAAAAGUAUAUUUUUUGCAGAUGAUGGAGAUAGCAAUAACUCUUCAUCAGAUUUAAGCAGUUUUACCAAACGUGGAACCAUCACACCUGGUAAAAUUGCAAAUGCCCGUGAGGGUGAAUUAUCUCAAAUGAUUGAUGUAGAAUCAGAACAAAAAUAUCAAGAAAUUAUAGAGCUUUUGGUUACUGGUGGUUAUUUUAGAGCUCGUAUUCAAGGUCUUUCACCAUUUGAUAAAGUAGUUGGUGGUAUGGCAUGGUCCAUUACUGCAAGUAAUGUUGAUGUAGAUGCUGAUAUUUUCUUUCAAGAAAAUUCAAACAUUAAACAAAAAGUUUCAUUAUCUGAAGAAUUAAUUAAAGCUUUGAAUCGUAUGAAAUGUCCAUUCCCAUUACAAGCACAACAUAUUACUUUAUUAAAUUAUAUAGCAUUAUUUCCAAUUAUAAGAUGGUUGAUUGCAAAAGUUAUUGAAACCAGAGAAGAAACAGGUGAUUUAUUAAGACAAUAUUCAGAAGCAAUGUUCAGCAAAGAUUAUAUAGCACCUAUCGAUAAAGAAAUGAAACAAUCAAUUUUACAAUCAUGUGAUUUUAUAGAUACCGUAGAAAAACGUUAUAAACCAACACGUAAAUUUAAAAGAAAUACAGGAACAACUAAAGCAACACCAAUCCAAACAUUAUUAGAAUAUGGCAAACUUCAUCGUGUUAGUCGUUUACCAUCAGGUACAACUGAAAAAUCAGAAGCUGCACAAAAAUUAGAAUCAACAUUAUCAUCACAAUCAUCAGCAGAAGACAGCGAAAAAGAAGAAGAGAAAAAGAUUAAACAAAUGAUGAAGGGUAUGAAAGGUGUUGAAAGUGAUUUAUCUAAAGUUAGUGGUGGUGUAUUAAAGUCAUUCCUUCCAUCAGAAGAAAUUACAAAUCUAUCAGAACGUUAUGGUGAUAUGGAAAAUAGUGGUUUUGGUGACUCUAAACAAUUGGGUGAAAAAUUACAUAGACAAAAGAUCAGCAAUCUUGAAAAACUUAUAGCACAAAAGAAUCAAGAAUUGGAGUCAAUUAAAUCUGAUCACGAACAACGUCAAAAAGAAUUAGAGGAGCUUCAAUUAUUAGUACAAAAGAAACAAGCAUUCAACGAACGUAUCAUUAGAGAAACAGAGAAAUUAGACCAACUUGAAACACCAGAAAACACCAAAGCACUUCAAGCACUUCGUGCAUUAGUACUCUUAAACGAGACAUUAGUUGCACAAGAAGAAAUGUUCAAAGCAAGUUGCAAAAGACAAAUGGCAGAGUAUAAGGCUAAGAUUGAGGCACUCCUCCAAGAAGAUGCAUCGGCCAACGAAGAUGCCGAGGACUCUGAAAGACAAGAACAAAUUAAUCAAGCUUUCGACGCUGAUGUUAUGAAAUUGAAAAAACUUAAAUUACUCCUCAACAAAAAGAAUAGAGACCUUUCAUUACUCCAACGUUUCCUUGACGAAUUACCAUCACGUGCCGAACUUUUACAAUACCAAAGACAAUUUGUUGAACUCUCUGAACAGAGCUCUGCCAAAUUGGUGGAAACUCGUCAAUACUAUACCACAUAUAACACCUUUGAAGAUAAAAAGACUCUUUUAGAAAACGAGCUUUCCAUUCUCAACUCAAUUCAAUCAAAAUAUAGUGUUGCAAUGUCUUCAGCCAAUAAUAAAGAAAUGUUUAUUAAAUCAAUGGAUCAAAUUAUUGCAGGUAUUCAAGAAGUUUUAGAUAAAAGUGAAUCAAAAUGGAAUAUUGAAAAAUCUCGUCACGAUACUCUCUCAGAUCAAUACAUGUCAUUAUUAGAUCAAGAAAGAAAUUACUAUAAACUCACAAAAGAUUUCGAAGAAGAAUGCAGAAAGAAUGAAGUUUUAAUUAAAAAACUAAAUGAAUUACAACCAUCACAAUAA